AUGGAUGCUGCCAAAGCUGGUGUCGAAAAAGGAAAGGAAACUACUCAAGGAAAAAAAGCUCAUGAUGCAACUGAAAAAUCCAGUAAACAUGCUGAUGCUCCACUAGAAUCUGAUAAGGCUAAAAUAAAGGAAGGAGAACAUGCUAGUAAUAGUGAACAUCGCAAGGAUAAACAUACCAGCAAAGCUGAUGAAAAUCCAAAACCAUGUUCUCCUGGAACAUUUAACGAUUUAAAUAGCCAAACAUCUUGUGCACCAUGUGCUGAUGGUAAUUACAGUGCCUAUCCAGGUGCUGUGGCAUGUGAUUUGUGUCCAAUCGGUAGUUAUGGUGAUGAAAAAAUGAAGCACCAAAACUAUGUCCAGCUGGAUCUUUCUGUCUGGAAGGACAAACAAUGGGCACACCAUGUCCAACUGGUUAUCAGACAACAAUGUGAUCGGUGUCCCAGUGGAUCAUUUGCUGAUGUCGCUGGUUUAGCUUAUUGUAUCACUUGUCCAGCUGGUUUCGUCUGUACGAAUACUCGAUCGGCACCAGUUGCAUGCCCAUCGAAUGUAGCUAGAGGACAGACAGUAUGUUCCUCGAAAUAA